AUGCUACAAUAUUUUAAUUUACAACAAAGUCUAUGGCAAGCCUAUUACAAUGUUGGCAUUACAGAACAUGGCUGGACUACACAUAUUUCGAGAUAUGCCGCCAAGGAACAUGCUACUUGUACCACUUAUGGUCGCUCACAAAAAUUCGUUGAACAACGUCUAGCAAUCAUAAACAAUCAGUUGAAACAAAUAAAAAAAGGACUACAAGAAAUUUCAAUACAACUACCACAAUGGACAGGUCAAGCUCAACCAUCCGUUAAUUCCAAUACAUUGUAUGUCGCCAUUGAAGAAUUGAUUGCUUGGAUUAAAGAAUAUUGGAAACAAACAGCUGUUGAAUUACAAGCAUUAGAAGAAGUAGAAAUACUUCGUAAACGAAUCUCUUUACAACGACUAUCACCAUCAUUCGACAAUCAUGUAAAUCAAUCAAUCGUACCACUUCAAACGAUGCUUUCAUGGCCUAUUAUUAGUAAUGAACAACGAGCCAUUCUUUUAUCACGUUGCUCAAAAGCUGUCAUACAAUACAAGUUUGAUAUGAUGACACUAAAUAUUCUUGCCAUCGAAGAUACUAUAGACUUUUUUCGACGAAGCUCCGAUGGUGAUCAUCAAUGA